UCUAUGUUGUGGGUGCGUGCAUUUGUGUUGUCCGGUGUUUGAAGACGCUUGGAAUUCGCUUUCAAUUUCUUCGUAGGAAAAAUGUCGGGUGAUACCGAUAAAGCAAAAAUCAGUGAUAAUCAGGAUGAAGACAAGAAAUCAGUUGCUGGUGACGGUCAAACAACAGAAGAUGAAUCCUCGCAGGACUCUAAGGGUGAGUCUGUGGCUCAAGGCGACGCACAAGGUAAAGCGGAUGUAGAACAAAAUCACACGGACGAGAAACAAACAGAAGAAGGAGACGCAAAGUCGACGACAGCCAACGGGAAGGAUGACGACGACGUAGGCGGUGAAGACUCCAAAGAUGACAAGACGGAUGCUAAAAGCGAUGACUUAAAGGAGGAGAACGGAGAAACCCAUGACGAGAAUGACAAAGAAGAUGUUAAGGAAAAUGAUAAGGCGUCUAAGAAAUUAGCACCCAAAAAGAAACCCAAGAAAGAGGAUACUGAGGAAGAAGACGAAGAAGAUGAGGAAGAGGAGGAGGAGGAGGAAGAAGAGGGCGAUGAACAAGAUGAAGUAGAUGAUGACAAGAAACAAGCUAAAGACAAAGUAAAGAAACCGGUUAAAAAAGCUAAAGACGCAGAAGACGAUGGAGAGGAAGAGGAAGGUGACGAGGAAGAGGGUGAAGAAGAGGAGGAGGAGGAGGAAGAAGAGGAAGUAGAGGCGCCUAAACCUAAACCUAAAAAGGAGCCGACGGAGCCGCCAGUACCGCUGCCGGCGGGUAAAGGCACUCCCCUGGGCCAUAUCAGUAACGUCGAGGUCUCCCUUUCCCGCUUCAAGACUCAGGAUCAGAAGCUACUGCAUCAAUAUCUAUAUGGACAACUCUGCCUUGACCGUAACGUGAAGCGCAACAUAAAGAAGUUCAAAGGUUAUGAGUGGGCCAUCGGCUCCGCUGACUACAAGGCAAAGCUGGAAGAGACCUCCAAGAUGGAGCCCAAACAGUUGCGUACAAUGUGCGAGAUGCUAGACUUGGAUAAAAAAGGUUCGUCAUCGGAGUUAGCGGCGCGGUUGGUAGGUUUCCUGCAGCAGCCGGGUGCGAACAGCCCGCAUGCACGUGGUGUUGCUCGCCCUGCCCCCACACAGACCGCGCCCGGGGGACGGCCCCGCCGCUCUGCAGCCGUUAAACUGCAUAACAGAGGUUAUUCAGAUGAGGAAUACGAGACUGAUCCAGAGACGAAAAUCAAAGGACCUAAACCUAAAACAGACGGUUCCGAAGAUUCAGAUGGUUCGUUUAAUCCGAGUGGCUCAGAGGCGGAUUCAGACUUCGAUCCGGAGGUAGGCGAGGGAGGUGGCGGGGCGAGCCGCAAGCGCAAGUCGGGCGGCCGUCGCUCCUCAGCCGGCAGACCUGGAAAGCGCGGACGCAAGCCCAAGGCUAAGAGGGGACGGGGGGCAAACAAAUCUGGUCGCGGCAGAAAAGCUAAGUCUGAGAGCGAGGACGAGAGCGACAAGUCGGAGAGCGAGAGCGAAGCCGAGUCUGGCAGCGAGGUCGACGAGUCCGACGUGAGUUACAACAUUUUAUACCUUGUUGAGCAAGAGCCUAAGGGCAAGCGAGGUCGGCCGGCUGUGGCAAAGGGCCGCAAGGGACCUGCCGCUAAGGUCAGCAACCCCAAAUCAACACCUGCCAAGAGAAAAGCGCCCACGCCGCCAGCUAAAAAGAAGGGAGCCGGCAAACCUGUAGGUCGACCGGCUAAGAAGGGCAAGAAGGCAUCCUCAGAGGAGGAGUCGGGCGAAGGAAGUGAGGAGGAGGAGGAGGCGGGCAGCGAGGUGGAAGAGGAGGAGGAAGAGAGCGGAGAGGAGUCAGACACGCCCGCUGACAAGAAGGCCAAGCGGCCGCCCACGGACGAGGAGAUAAAGAAGUACGUGAAGCAGAUCCUGGACGGCGCGAACCUGGAGCAGAUCACGAUGAAGACGGUGUGCAAGCAGGUGUACAGCCACUACCCGGACUUUGACCUCGCACACAAGAAGGACUUCAUCAAGGCUACAGUCAAGUCGUGUAUUUAAGAUGUUAGGAGUUAAGGGGCGGAGUGUAGAUGUCUACAUAGAAUACCUAUAGUUUAUAAAAGGACAUAGUUAUAUAUUAUUAUAAUAAUAAUAUAUUAUGAAAGAAUAAAAUAUCUAAAAUGAAGUGGAAUGGAUGAUCACCCGCUUUUCCUUACAAGCUCAUAUCCUCGUGAGCUGCGACCAGUUCGGCCGCAAAUAUAGUGAAGUAAGCCACACUUUAAUAUUAAAACUUUCGCCCGUCGCGCCGCAACAUCGACUUAUUUUAAUCAUUAUUUUGUUUACUUUCAUUCUCUAAAGAUACACAGAAGUGACUCACAAGAUAUGACAAUGCCGCUGUAAAAUUGUAAAAAAUUUUUUUUAUUUGUCCAGGUUUAUCCAGGUUUAAAAACAUUUUUUUGUUAAAUAAGAAAAACAAAUUCUUCUUGAGAGAGUCUUUGAUUUUUUCUACAUAUUUUACUGACUUAUGCAAUCAUUAGAUAGCUGAAAAAAUAGAUUUUUUUAUUUUGAUAUUUAAUGCUUGCAUUAUCAUAACUUUGGUGUUCAAUCCAUUAACAAUUGGCUCAAAAGCCAUUGCCCAUGGACAUUAAAAAAAAACAAGUGUCAUAAACGUCAAAGUGUCAGAUGUCAGUUGUCGUUCCUGUUUAUUUUUGUAGAAUAAAGAAGAGAUAUUUUAUUGUGUUUAGAGGCGGGACGUGGCGCACGCCUGUGUAAUUCUAUUUUAUAGGUAUAAUUCCCACUAGUUUAAGUAUAAAGAGUAAUCGCUUUAGAAUUACUGAGUUUUUCUUUUUAACGCGCCUGUAAGGAGAUUUUAAUUGCGGCCUCCUUGGUGGUAGUGUGUGAGCCAUGCGGUUAAGUGCAGAUUAAAAAAAAUGUCCAUAGUCUGUAUUACUUUUAUUCAAUUUAUAUACAACACCAAAUAUGGUUACAGUUUU